CAUCGUCUUCGUUUGGUUACUUGGACCUGACAACCAGUUUCUUGUGGAGCCAAAUGCCAAUGGCCAUUUAACAUGGGGUUCGGUUCGGUUACGAAAGGCCCAUUCUACGAGUCUUUGAGUUUGGUGUUUCUUAUAUAAAUGCUCGACACUUUCUUCCAUAUCUAUCGGAGUCAUAAAGUCUCCAGAAGCUUCCCCAGUCAACACAGAUCUUCACUUCCCCUUUUGUUUUCCGUCCAUCAAUUUUGACCCACCCUUCUUCAAUUUACAUUCAUCAAAUCAGUGGGAUUGAAGAUGGAGGGAGGUGGUGUGGUGUCAUCUGAGAAGCAGAAUGCAGAAUCAGCUGCCGCCUCGUCUUAUACUUAUUGGGUGAGAGAAGCUAAACAAGAUGCUGCACCACUUCCUGUUCCUCGUAAGCUUACUGCAGAGGAUCUUUCUAAAUCCUCUAAUCAUCUUGGUUCUGCUUGGAAUAAGGCUGGAACAUGGGAGGAGAAGAACCUUAAUAAAUGGGCAACUGAAAGAAUCAAGGAGUUGGUUCUGUCAGUGGGUUCUUUGGAGUUCUCUUCUGGAAAGGCGGAAAUUGAAGAAGUUUCAAGAUGCACAGGAGAUGCUUUUUUGGUGACUGUAAGGAAUAAGAAGCGUGUUGGGUACACAUAUGAAAUAACAUUGAAAGUCAAAGGGGAAUGGCUUAUUGGUGAAGAGAAGAAAACUUUCAAAGGCAAUUUGGAUAUAGCGGAGUUCUCGUUAGGGGAACUGGAUGAUUUGCAGGUGGAAGUGAGGCUGAACGAUGACAAGGAUCUUGUUCAUCUAGAUAAACAACGAAUUCGUCAGGAUAUGAAGAUGUUUGUGAAGCCUCUUCGCGAGAAAUUUCUCGAGUUUGAAGCAGAACUUAAAGAAAGGUAGAAGUAACAUUAUUUAUUAUUAUUAUUAUUGUUCAACUAAAAGCAUUUUCAGUUUCUGUGAUUUCAGAAUAUGCAAACUACUGAUGUUAAAGGGAUUAUAUAACUUUCUGAAAACCUGUAAUGUUGCAAGAACUUCAUGUGCCAAGACAUUUGAAUAUUUGUAGGCUUUUUUGGUUCUCUAA